AAUCUAUUUUUGGUGACAACAGCUGUUCGGACAGCACGCGUUUAAGAAGACAUCUCCAGGUCUUCAUUUACUCUGUGGUCUGCCUUCGUGAAAUUGAUUGUGCUUGAAAUGAAAAUGUCCAGCGUACUGUCGACUGAGCUGAGUAGUUUCAUAGUCGACACCGAGGAUGGACAGUACGACGAUUCUCUGCACCAGGCAGCGUGGCGUGGAGAUGUGGAGCAGCUGAGGCGGCUCCUGGCUCGGGGUGUUAGCGAUAUCGACGCGCAACUUCGACCAUUCCACGCGGCCCCGCUGAGGCUGGCGGCCAUGAAUCGCCAUGCGGAUUGCGUAGCGCUGCUGUUGGAGCACGGCUCGUCGGUCGACAUUGUGGACCGGAAGGGACAGACUCCUUUGUUCUGCGCUGUGAAGAACUGGGACACGGAGAGCUGCAUUGUUUUGCUGCAGGCAGGGGCUUCACCUGAUGGUGACCGACGGAAUUUGUCCACACCUUUGCACAUCGCCUGUCAGGAUGGAUAUUCUGUCGGCGUGAAGCUGCUACUAGACUUCGGGGCCCAGACUGAGUGUGCCUAUACAACCCCCCACUGGACGCAUCCCCUCCAUUUGGCUGCCACCUAUGGACACCUCAGUUGCUUCAUUCUUAUGCUAGAGGCUGGAGCAGAUGUCACGCGUGCUGGCCAUAUUUUGCACGUCAUAUGCACAAAAAAGUGUGAUCCACUGUUUGUGCACCUGUGGGUGCAAUUUGGUGGCAACCUGUGGGACAGGAACCACAAACAAGAGCUGGCCACCGAUCUUCUUGACAACUGCCAUAAAGACCUUCUCAAAGAACUCAUGGAAAAUCCGUUAUCAUUGGAGUCAAUUUGCAGACUGAAAAUUCGGAAGCUUAUGGGCCGCAGACGUCUGCCUCUGAUACACACAUUAGAUGUCCCUCAAGUUCUGAGGAACUUCCUCAUGUACAGAGACAUCCCUGAAGUGAACCUGUGUAUAACAACCCUAAAUUUGGAAUUGAGGAGGUCCAUAUGAAGAUGACAAAAUGAAUUCACUUGUGUGAUAAAUAACACUGAAAAUACCAUUGGAAGACAAAGUAAAUUCGUUUUAAUUCUGAUUAAACCAUUGAUUUCUCUUUUAAAAAUCGGGAACAUUGUUACACAAUUAGUGUGUUAACAAGUAAUCUUGACUAACUUGCAUUUUAUGUGAUUUUGCUAUUUGAAAUAUAAUGAGAUAUGAAGACAU